AUGAGCGACGCUGCGCCGUUGGCGAGUUUAUCGCCUGCGCAGAUCAAGCAGUUGCAGCGUGUAUUUUACACGUUGGAUCGCGAUCAUGACGAUAUUGUAUCGGAGGCGGAUGUAGCCACACAGCUGCGUGGUCUUGGGACGCCGAAUGCGGCUGAGGAGGCAAAGGCAUACAUUGGCCAGGAGGGCGGCUCGCUGGACGCUACGUCGUACAUGACGAUGAUGGCCACUAAGUUGGCGCCUCUGUCGGAUGCACGGAAGCUGGCCGAUGCGUUUGAGAGCUUUGACGAGAAGGAUGCGGGCUUUGUGGAUGUCGCUUUGCUGAAAGAGAUUUUUGGAGACACGCCGGAGCUCUUGCAGCCAUGGCUUACGCCCGCAUUCCUGGACCGCUCUUGCACGCGGUUCGAGUAUCGCAAGUGUACGUGGAUGCAUGACUGA